AUGGGCACAAAAGCAAAGCCGGAUCUUAAACUCUGCAAAGACCAAAAAAAAUUCAUAAAGCAAGCCAUGCAGCCGGAUAAUAGAGAUUUCCCUCUCGACAUCAGCCACCGAGCCCCAAUAAAACCCCUUCGCACUCAUGAAUUUGAAAGGCGGAAGCACUCCAUAUCACGUUUCACGACGUUUCGCACGAUUGCAGGCACAAUGGCAGCUGCUGCUGCUGCUGCUGAUGCAGUCCCAAUCAACGUGUUGUUUGAGAAGACACUUUCGGUAAGCGAUGGAAGGAACCUUGAGCUACCGGCCGUCGUGGCCGCCUUCGUAGCCUUUCCGCCCAACGAUCACCUUCAGAACCUAACCUUUGUGACCCCGAUUGGCCUGAGAACUGUGAAAGCUUCAAUUCGGCAGAAUGGGAGAGUCUUUUUGUGGACGGGUUUAUGGGGCCUCUGCAUGCAGUUAAACGGCUGGGGCGUUGGGCAACAGCUGCAAUUCAUAUUGACUGACGUCCCAAAUGUUUUCUUGGUGCAGCCUCCUUUGCUGCAAAUUGGCUUGAGUGGGAUUAGCUCUGAUUUGGGAUUGUCUCUUAUUGUUAAUAUG